AUGGGCAGGGAUAUCGCGACAGAGAAGGGCUGGAGGCUGAAGCGCGGGGAUAUCGCGAUAGGGAAGCGUUGGAGGCUGAAGCGCGGGGAUAUCGCGAUAGAGCAGCAGCAGCAGCCACAGAGCCCGGCGGGGCCCCCCCGUUAUGAGGAGUCGACGGCCGAGUUUGAGUUCGUGGAGCGGCUGCUGCCCCCCAGCCGCAUCCCCGACCCUCCCCCGCACCCCAAAUAUCCCACCCCGUCCGGCUGGAGCCCCCCCGCAGGGCCCCCCCCGGACCUGCCGUACUUCGUUCGCCGCUCUCGCCUGCACAACCUCCCGGUGUACCUGGGCCAGCGGCAGGGCCGGCGCCUCACGGCGCUGCGCCACAUCCACGGCGACAUCUGGGCGCUGGAGCGGGACCUGAGGGCGUUCCUGGGCUCGCUGGGGGUCGGCGAGGUGCAGGCGCAGGUGAACGAGGUGACGGGGACGCUGCGGCUCAGGGGACACUGGGGGCCCGAGGUGCGGCAGUGGCUGCUCCAGAGGGGCUUCUAGAGACCCCCAAACCUGCGGGGGAGCCCCAAAUCUGCCGGGGGAUCUGCUGUGGGUACACCUGGAGCAUCCUGGAAUGGACCCUAGACAGUGCAAACAUCUGCUGGGGGCACCUCCAGAUCCAUGGGGGCAGCUUGGAAUCCACCUGGGCAC